UGCACUGUGGGUCACAUAGCCUAUCAUCAUAUUCUUAAUAUAUAUUUGCUUCUAUCUUGUCAAAUCUAUGCCUCUAUCUGUCACUCCUUUCCUUUUUACAAAACUGUAUUCUUCUUCUGAUGCUCUUUCACAUGCACUCUAUCUUUCGUUUCCCCGCCUCAACAAACCACAGCCUGCGGUCCUGUCCUUCCUUAUUUAUCAAAGACUCCACACCCUCCUCUAUGUUUCCUGUCUUGUUCAGGUACAUCAUUUAAAGGCUGCACCCCUGAAAUGCUUCUGUAUAGGAAUAAAACAGACCAUCUUCAACAUUAAAGUGUAUAUGUGUUAAGGUAGAAUGUCUUUUCUGUCAACCACUCUCCGCUUGUGUGUGUUGAUAUCCUGUGCCAUUGCUUACAAGCAUCCUCUUCUGGGUGGAGCCCUUUUGACUGACGAUGAUAACCUAUUAGACAAACCUAAUAACCCUCCUUUUGGCAUUAGCUACAAGUGGGAAUGGCAAUCACAGGCCACAUUGGAUGAUGGAACUAUCAUGUCACCUCGCUUCAGAAGAGAAAUUAUAGAUAAGAAGCAUAUUAAGGGGGAUGUGAAGCCAGAUGAAAAAAUUCUACCAAAAGUUAAAUCAACUAAACCACCACUGAAAGAUCCCCCUGAUACAAACUCAUACAUUCUGAAAGCAACCAGUGCUGCCUUUACAAAAGCCAAAAGCAUUCCUCUAUUUGAAGAAGAUGAAACAACCCCUUUAACUGAUCUAGAGCAUACUACAACGGCAUCUGGACAGACACUCAGUGAAGAUGAAACCACUGAGGGGGGUGUCAAGCCAGAGGAAAAAAUUCUACCAAAAGUUAAUCCAACUGAACCACCACUGGAAGAGCUUUCUGAUACUACCCCAUACCUUCUGGAGGCAUCUAGUGCUUCUCUUAAAAAAGCAAAGAGUAUGUCUCUAACAAAUGAAGAUGAAACCACUCCUUUAACUGAUUUAAAGCAAACAACAAAGGGAGCUGGACAAACACUUGACGAAGAGGAAACCACCCAUGUGGAAAAAUCAGUUACACAGUCCAAAACAUUACACUCUACCACAUCCGAAGAGUUCUCUGUUUUACCAAACAAUACAUAUAAAAAAGCCACCACAGUAAAACAAGUUGAUUCCACAAGUAACCAGCAGACUAGCACCAAUGAUAAACUGCUGGAGGAUAUCACAUCUAGCUUUUCCCUGAAAGCAGCAGAGACCUCCCCAACCUUAUCACCAGUCACCUCUCAUGAUCAAACUACUGGACAUGAUGUCACCACUGUACGGUUUUUGGCUUCCCCUGGUUACUCUUCAAAGCCUGCAGCUGUAACACAUACAACUACGUCUUCAGAAGAUAAGGUACAAGUACAGUCUAUAAUGAGACAGUGCAUGAUUACUAUCUUAAUUCUUGCAGUUAUAUGCACCAUCUUUAUUAUAUCAACUAUAGCACUAGCUGCCAAACUUUCUACUAUGAGACAAAAAAACAAGCUACGUCUCCCAGUCUCCUACACAGAAAUGAGUUGUAUUUCUUCUCUAAUGCCAGAUGGUGACCAUCAGAACAAACCCCAGGAUAAAAGACUGAAGACUUUUGCUGCCACCUUGGAGGAGAGUGUUGGAGAUAACACCACCCUCCACAGCUUUCUUCCUGAUCAUUAGUUCAACAACGCUAUAUGAUAUAAGAAACGAUACUUCCCAUCUACUAGGGAACACCAUUAGUGCCACUAAGGAAAGAAGGACUGCAUUUCAGAAGUAUGGUAGUUAGGUUUUUCUAUUAAUAAAUUAGUUUUACCAGAUGAGCUUUCCUUUAAUAAAUUGAUACGAUCAAUGCCAUGUAGUGGCAAGGGGUUAUGCUUGGACCUUUUCCUUGAAAUAUGAUAUUUCAGAUGUGCAGAAGACCAGAUUCCAAAUAUUAUCCAGUAAAGUAAGUAGAAAUAGUUUUUUGCUGGAUUGGCAUUUUUUGAGGAGAAAAAACCCUGAAAAGUGAACUUUGGAGAAGUGUAGUAGUAGGUAAGAUGAAUGCAAUCAAUGUGUUUAAAAGCCAUGUGCAGCCAAUUAUCACUUUGUUUAUUUUACAUGUGAAAUAUCCUACAGCUUCUAUGUAGAUUUAUGUGUCUCCAUGGUAACAGACUACAAGCUAAACCCUGUGGGUAGUCAGAUCCUACAGUAAUGUAUUAUACGUUCGCAAUGUUGUAAUUUUCCCCUCUUCAUGCAAACUUUCCGAAAGUAGAAGAGGGGGCAGAUGAAAAGAAGUGAUGUACGUAGUAUCAAACUACACAUUGUUAAUUUGUAGUCUGUAACCAUGGAGACAUUGUUUGCAUAGCAGCUCUAGAUAUUUUUAAUCAAGGUUAUUUGAAAUGUUAAUUCAGUUUUUAUUUUAGAUGCAUUUGGGUAAUAAAAAUGCUUGGUAAAGUGCCCAUAGACUUUAUAAAUAAGCCCUUGCUUUUGUCCUUUCCAUCCACCCAAAUGUAUGCAGCAAGAGUCCAUAAACUCUAGUGUGACAGAUAGGGAGUAGAUGAUUAAGGCUUCAUUCACAUCAGCGUUCAGCCUUUCCAGUCUCCUGCUCCGUUAUAGGACCAGGAGAACAGAAAGGACGGAUUCGGCACAUAACUGAGCCAAAUGGAAACUAAGGACCCCAUAGACCAGUGGUGGCAAAACUAUGGCACGGGUGGCAGAGGCGGCACUCUGAGCCCUCUCUGUGGGCACCCGCACCCAGGAAAAAGUCUAUGGUGCACCAAUAUACCUUAGACUUUUCCUGCCAUCCAUCAGUGCAGGGCGCACUAGUAACGGCACAGGCAGCGCACUGAAU